CCCCAGGCCCCGCCGCCGACAGGACGGGCCUUUGGAUGCCCGGACCUUCCCCGUUAGCCGCCUGCGCGGUCCCCACCAGGACGGCCGACGCGUUUCCAGCGGGAACCUUGUCAAACGAGCGCUACCGCUGUGAGUUUCUGACGUUGUCCGCGUCCAUCCCCCCGAGCGUCUGGCCCGGCCCUUCGAACCGGCUCGCCUUCGAAUCCGUGUUUUGCCGUUUGUGAGCGUUCGGAACCCCCGUCUUAAAGAUAUAGCACACGCGCUUCUGAGACCGAAAAUUCGACCGUGGUGGAGCCAGAUGGGACUUUGAGGAAGUUUGCUGAACUUUAUGUGCAUCCAAAUAUGGGGCUAAAAUGUCCUCUUGAUGCCAUUCCAGAGAAAAAUAGACAACCAGGAAGAAAUGAGUGGUGGAUUGGCCCCAAGUAAAAGUACAGUGUAUGUAUCCAACUUGCCCUUUUCCCUGACCAACAAUGACUUAUACCGGAUAUUUUCCAAGUAUGGCAAAGUUGUAAAGGUUACUAUAAUGAAAGAUAAAGAUACCAGGAAGAGUAAAGGUGUUGCAUUUAUUUUAUUUUUGGAUAAAGACUCUGCACAAAACUGCACCAGGGCAAUAAACAACAAACAGUUAUUUGGUAGAGUGAUAAAAGCAAGCAUUGCUAUUGACAAUGGAAGAGCAGCUGAGUUCAUCCGAAGACGAAACUACUUUGAUAAAUCUAAGUGUUAUGAGUGUGGGGAAAGUGGACACUUAAGUUAUGCCUGUCCUAAAAAUAUGCUUGGAGAACAGGAACCUCCAAAGAAGAAAGAGAAAAAGAAAAAAAAGAAAAUUCCUGAACCAGAAGAAGAAAUGGAAGAAGGAGAAGAAAGUGAAGAUGAAGGAGAAGAUCCUUCUCUUGACAGCCUCAGUCAGGCCAUAGCUUUCCAGCAAGCCAAAAUUGAAGAAGAACAAAAAAAGUGGAAACCCAGUUCAGGGGGUCCCUCAACCUCUGAUGAUUCAAGACGCCCAAGGAUAAAGAAAAGCACAUAUUUCAGUGAUGAGGAAGAACUUAGUGAUUAAAAUUAUAUUUAUUAUGUAAAUAGUUAAAAAAUUUAAUCUUAGAGUACCAAGUUCAGUUGGGACUAAAGAUUGUUUUUAGAAUUUGAUCAUAAAAAUACUUAAUGUCAAGUAAUUUUUUUACUAUAAAAUAGUUCACCCUAGCCAGAUAGUUGAGUUGGUUAGGGCAUCAUCGCAGUACACCAAAGUUGUGGGUUCAGUCCCCAAUCAGGGCACAUAUAA